AUGCCUCCACAUCUCCAACUCAUGACGGAGUCACAAAGGAGGACUUCCGCACCCAUCACGUCGCAAAACAGGCAUGCAAACACUCCAUUCAGAACCCCACCAGACACAGAGUCUCUGGACUCAACAUUGACCCAGCACGCCAUACAAGAUGCAUGCUUGACACCACACGAUCGGAGAAUGGUAGACCAGGAGGUCAAAACGCUGGAGCACGAUGCCCAGAUUCAAGCCAUCUCUUCGGUCCUGGAGACGUUUCGCAACACGCUAGAUGAGAUCAAGACAUCUAUCGAAGAACUUAAGGCUCAAACCUCGCCCCCUCGUCUCGAUAAGCCAACACAAAUCGACUUCACGGGCAACAUCCGCACCAUGAUCAUGACCCUGACAUCGGCUCAGGCGAAUGCGCAAGAGCUAGAAGAACUUCGUGCUGAAAACGCCGCACUUCGAGCCAAGUGGGAUAUCGUGCAAUCGGCUAUGAGUACCGCCACUGGACAAUCCACUCCAAGCUCAUCAUAUCAAGUACCCCACAAGAACAGCCUGGGAAAACGCAAACGCGACACCAAUGUCGCAGGAUCGAGCGCGCUGAUACCAGUGGUUGGAGCACCACAGACCCGGUCUCAUCACCUAGAGACCGUUUCGUCUUCUACGCAAAUGCCGACUCCGCAGUCUAGCAAUCACUCGGACGGCCAAUCUGCCGAUGACUCCAAUAGCUCAAGGAUAUCGACACCAGAACAAGAAGCAGCCAGAUCAAACUCUCAGAAUAUCCUUGACUACGGUGAUCAAUUCACGAAUCAAGAUAAACCUCCCUCGAGAAUGACGUCCUUGCGCCGAAACUUGAAGGGCCGUCUCCUAUCGGAGAGUCAUCAACACACAGAAAUUGCUAGAUUGGAUGUUCAGCCUGCGCCUGUCGAAAUGUCCAGCGCAGAUACGCAAGCAAGUAGCAUGAAUCUGGAUAUCCGUGAGAACCAACAACAACCUAUUCCAGGGUCUGUUGGGUACUUGUUGCGGUCAUCGUCGCGACGCGAUGACUCUCGAGAAUCAAUUCUUGCUGGACCUGCAAGAGAAUCCGAGGACAACGAAGAUCGGUCACAAGAGUGUGGAGAAUCCGAUUGUGUAGAAGAGAACAAUCGAUUGCGUGACAGAAAUGACGCGCCGUUGCUCGACAUCGACCCUCUAGAUACCUCGGAAAUCCUCUCAUCGAUCGAAAAAGGCGCCGACUUUGGCGAAAACAGCGGGCCUCGCUCUUCCGCCUUUACGGAUCCUCUCAACGAUACGACUAAUCUAGAUGUCCAGCCAUCAAAUGAAGUUUCUGCGGUAGACGAACCCUCUGCUCAAUCUGUACCCGCAAGACGAAUUCGUAGCAAAACGGCAGGGCCAUCAACGCGAAGCAAGAUCGACUUCAUCAUGGAUAGCCGAAGUGUUGCCCCGGAGCCAGCGGCACUACGUCGCACGAUUCCUCGCCGACUCUGCGCGAACCAGGAAGCAAGGUUCGAACACGCGACACCCGAGUCGAUCGAGCAGGAGUUGAAAGUACUGGAGAAUCCCAAAGGGCGUCGAAAAUCUAAGCCUCAUGUUCAAACAACCAAGAAGAUCCUCGAUAAAGAACUUAAGGAGCUCGGCCUGGAGGAUUGGAUCGGGAAAGACAAGGAUGAUCCCGAAUACAAGAGAGUCGUGGAAGAGGCCAGGGACCGCAAAAGAGAACAGACGAGAUUGGCCACAUUAGCGAGACGUGGAAUCAGCCUUCCAGGAGCGCCUGAAGAUGAUGAACGAGCAAAAUCAACCCCAACUUUACAGGAUGCAUUUACCCAAGCCUCUGACGCUCUCACCGACAGCACCAACGAAGGAAACGGAGGAAAGCAUUUACAGAUCAUCAAUGUCUCAGAGGCGGCAGCGAGACGGGCGAAGGGGACCGGAACGCGCAGGAAGAAACGUGAACAGCGAGAAGAGGAAAUCCGCCGGAGAGAUAUGCUGGCGAAAGAAGCAAUGGAUAUGAAUGACUAG